UCACCGGGUCCGGCUGCCAAUUUCCAGCUGGGACUCAGUGAUUGUUGGCAAAGCUGAGAGGGGAGAGAGCUGUGUGUGUUUUCUACCUCUCUGCAAAGCAGAGAGAUACAAAGCAGCAUGUCUCCAAGUAAAACAGCACACAAUGUAAAACACACACAGAGCACUGUUAACCCUUUGAUCGCCCCAGAUGUUAACCCCUUCCUGCCGAGUGUCAUCAGUACAGUGUCAGCGCUUUUUAUUAGCACUGAUCACUGUAUUGAUGUCACUGGGGAUGUCAGUGGCACUUAGUUCCCACCCAGUGUCAGAAUGCCCACUGCAGUCCCACUAUA